UCACGAUUCUUAAAAACAUAUAAAAAGGUUUUGUCCAUACCAUAAUAACGCUGUAAGGGGCCGUUCACGUCAAAGUCGAGUUUUGUAAGGGGUCGUUCACAUCAAAGUCGUAUUUUGAGUCCGUCUGUUUGAGUUCCAUUGUUUUUCAAUGUAAACAUACGCUAAACGGACGUCUUUGGCCGUUGUGCCGCGUUUUUAGACAUCAUGUCACUUAAAAGAACGUCAACUUCAUAACAGAACAUCUCGAGACACCCGGGUUUUGUGUACAUCAUUUUAUUUUUAUUUAUUUUUUAGCUCAAUUAAUAGUUCACUGUGAACGGCCCCUCACCAAAGCACUGCUGCAUCACAAUUAUACAUUCAGAAAUCAUCAAACUUCACAAUAACGACAAAUUAUUCAGAAACACCCUAAAUUAUUUUGUAUUAAUGUAAUGGGGUGCCUCAGGAAAUGCAUCAUGUAUUUGUCUGGAGUCCCCUGUCUGCCAAAGAGGAACUGCUGUUUUCCUGCAGCACUCUAAUGUUAGGUGUGUCUGUCUCUUUGCGGAAAAUGUCAGCACGGUAAAGCACAUUUUGUGCCUCAGCUCUCAAGGUGCUUGGUUAUCUUUAGUGUACUGUGACACAGUAAGAGAUAAGGGUCACUGGUUGAAUAGAAAUACAUCUGUGUAUUGUAGGCUAUGACAUGUUACAAAGUCUAAAGAUCUUUUGAAAUGCUUUUUCUCCCUUUUGUUCUUACUGCAGGUUAACUUAAUGAAUAAUUUGCUGCUGGCAAACAAGGCCUCGAUUUAGAGAUGUGUACUAACAUCUCUCGCUGUCUCUUCUUUUUUUCUCUCACACAUGUUCGCCCUGCGAACAACGUAAUAGGAAAUGCAUGACUAAACCAUUGUGACUCUAAUGUGUUCUCACAGCAGUCGACAUUUAAACACUUUCUUCUGGCUAGUAGUAAUAGCAAGGCUCUGUUUAGAAACGAUGACUUUGCUCAGACUGUACUGAGCAGCCAGUGAUGCUGAAGUUUUUCAAUUACAAUGACAGUUUUAUUGUUUAAAAGUUGAAAGAUGACCUGUGCUCUUUACUUAAGCACUUAUUUUGCUUUGUAUGGUAGAGAUGUUCUAGAGUGGAGAAACGGUUACGCAAUAAAUGGAAUCCAUCCAACAUCCAUCCACAUACACCCAUGAUUGCACAUAACUUUAGACGGUAUCAGGCAGUGCUGUCGUUCCCAUAGCUACUCGAAAAUACAUGGUUAAGGAAAAGAGAGAGCAGUUACAGUGAAGGCUGGGGGUAUUCCUGUGUAUAUGCACUAAGGUGAGGUAUUCAGCACCUCUGUGAAAAAACAGCUUUAAAUCUCACUGGCACAAUUUCAUUUUGAAUUAUCAACUUUCAAAUUUUGUUCCAUUUUUAAAUAUUUGGCUGGAGUAGGCCUAUAACCAGGGGGAAAUGCUGGAUUCGCCAUUUCAGUGGGCCUUCAACAUACAAAUCUUGUGUUUGGAACACUGUAUCCUGCAUACAAUUCCUUUAAAGCUGUCAAAUCCAAGAAUGUCAAAGAAUAUGUGCGAUGGAUGAUGUACUGGAUCGUGUUUGCUCUUUACACAGUGGUGGAGACCAUCACGGACCUUUCUAUGGCAUGGUUCCCACUUUACUAUGAACUUAAAGUUGCCUUUGUCAUCUGGUUGCUCACCCCCUACACCAGAGGAGCCAGUCUAAUCUACAGGAAGUUCCUGCACCCUAUGCUGGCAUCCAAGGAGAAAGAGAUUGAUGAUUAUAUAGUCCAGGCCAAAGAGAGGAGUUAUGAGACCAUGGUGAAUUUCGGUCGUCAGGGUCUCACUAUCGCGGCUACUGCUGCUGUCUCCGCUGCUGUGAAGGGACAGGGUGCCAUCAGUGAACGCCUGAGGAGUUUCAGUAUUCCUGACCUUACGCAGAUCCCCUCUGACCAAUCAGGACUAUCCAACCCCAGCCGAUGGGCCAUACAGUCUGCUAACCCUAGCUCCGUUGGUUCUGAGCCAUAUAAACAAGAAGGGGAGGGGCAUGAGGAGGAAACAGAUGGAGUAUUCUCAGAAGACGAAGCGUCAGUGCAGAAGGGUCUGCGCAGAUCUCAAAGUGUGAAAAUCUCUCGUGCCAAAGCAGCACGCAAAGAGCCUCGAUAUGGAUCUUUGAAGCUGAAACCUAGAAGAAGACCAUUAAUAACACCAUCCACAUUCGACCAUCAUUGAUUGUCCACUACAAUCCCAAAAAGGGGAACAGCAUCAAACCAACAGCUAACUGUAGUUUUAACCUCAGUUUAAAGCUGCUCAAGUUCCCAAAAAUAUCCUAAACUUUAGUCUUGCAUUUCUGCAAGUGAAUAUAGUUUUAAAGCAACACUAAACACUGUUGACUACAACCUUAGCUAAAAAAUGAACUACAUACACUAACAGCAAACACAAUGACAUUAUCUUUUAUCUUCAAUAUGACUUUCAAAUGAUGAAUACUACAAUACAAACAAGAAAAACACAAUGCAGGUUUAAACUGUCAGGUUUUGUCCCUGUUGAAAUGAGACCCUUGCGUCCUGUAUUAUUUGUACAGACAAAAGCACCAGUACAGAAAGGUCCAUGCUGUAUUCUGUGCAUCCUUUAAAAGCUUAUAGACAUUUAUUAAGUAUUUGUUUUAUUUCUAUGGGCGCUUUCUUUGCAAAGUGUAAUUUAAAAUGGAUCAGAUGGUGUCUGAUCUGUUGUAACUUGACCUAAACCUGCCUUUAUAGAGACAUCUCUUAUAACACAGAGCGAGUUUCACUGUAGCACAGAGAUCUCUGGUGUUCUCGCUUUCCCUCUACAAGGGCAGGUGUUGAGGUCAGGGUUUCUGUAGUGUGUUCCUUUCAGCUUGUGUUCAUUAAUGAAAUGGAACAACUGUCUGGAGAAGUACAAGAGUCGUUGAAUUUGUAAAGCUUCAACACCUCCAAAAAACUGACUUUGCUUGACAUUGCUAUCACUAAGAGAGAGCUUCUUAAUGUUUACUGCUACUUUUUUUAUUUUUUAUGUUGCUUAACUUGUAUUUGAAUGUAAAACUGUCUUGAAUUUAUAAGUGUUUAUUAGAUUUUAACAGUAUUUUCAAAUAUCAUGCUAGUUUUUUUCAGCCUUUUCUAAUUUUAAUAAAGAAAUGCACUUAUUAAUGUAACAUUUGACCAAACACUCCAGCUGCACUGCGGGAAGGUGGAUCCGAUGUAAGUUGACAGAAUUUAAAUGGAUAGUUCACCUAAAAAAAAAAAAAAAAAAAAUUCUCCCAUCAUUUACUCACCCUCAUGCCAUCUCAGAUGUGUAUGACUUUUUUUUUAUUUUAACACUGGGUUUUUAACAAUGUCUUUAGAUGUGAUAUGAUCUAAAAGAAAAAGAAAAGAUCAAUAUUACUUUGUUACAAUAAAUCUCCACUUUCACUUCCGCAUUGUUCUUUUUAUUUUAUGGUGAUUCACGUUCUUCAUGCAUAUCACCACUUACUGGUUGGGGCUGGUCAAAGGUGGAGAUUUAUAGAAUUGUCAUUUUUGGGUGAACUAUCCCUUGAAACAUUGUGGUUUGUUCAUGUGUAAACAGUGGGAAUGAUUCGUCCAUUUUUGAAAAUGUUUGUUUUUGACUGUUUUUCACUCUUGUUUGUGUUGGAAAAAUCUCUGAGCAGUUGGGAGUCAUAGAUGUAUGUUUGUGCAAUUGUGAAAACAUGUCGAUAAGAGGAUAUAUUUGCAGGUGUGUGACCAACAGUUGCCUUGAAUGUGUUAAACCCUUGGCCUUAAAUCAAGAAUAAAGUUUAAAAAGUCUUCUUGAAAACA